UUCCGGACUGUGCGUUCCACAUACUGGAAGUGAGUUUUCAUCGACUGUUGCAGCCUCCCAGUGUCCGUGGAGAUCAGGCUCUUCCACAGAUACGGAGACAGUUCCACCGGAGGAGGAGUAUAUAGAGGAACACAGGGGUCUGUAUGAGGACGUGAUGAUGGAGAAUCACCGGCCCCUCACAUCACUGGCUAAGAGGAGACUGUCAUGUAUUGUACAGGGGAGAGCAGAUGGGCCCAGUAACAGAUAUACCCCAGAGAGAUGUCCCCGUCCUCUGUAUUCCCAGGAUUGUACAGAGGAGAAUCACAGGAUCCCACAGGAGGAUCAGGUAGAACGUCUUUCUCGUAUAAAGGCAGAAGAUAUAGAGGAAGAAGAAGAGACGUAUGUGACUGAUAUGAAGGCAGAAUAUAUAGAAGGAGAAGAAGAGACGUAUGUGACUGAUAUAAAGGCAGAAGAUAUAGAGGGAGAAGAAGAGACGUAUGUGACUGAUAUAAAGGCAGAAGAUACAGAGGGAGAAGAAGAGACGUAUGUGACUGAUAUGAAAACAGAAGAUAUAGAGGGAGAAGAAGAGACGUAUGUGACUGAUAUAAAGGCAGAAGAUAUAGAGGAAGAAGAAGAGACAUAUGUGACUGAUAUAAAGGCAGAAGAUACAGAGGGAGAAGAAGAGACGUAUGUGACUGAUAUGAAAACAGAAGAUAUAGAGGGAGAAGAAGAGACGUAUGUGACUGAUAUAAAGGCAGAAGAUAUAGAGGAAGAAGAAGAGACGUAUGUGACUGAUAUAAAGGCAGAAGAUAUAGAGGGAGAAGAAGGGAUGUAUGUGAGGGGUGAUCAGCAGUGUAAGGAGGAGGAGAUCCCUACAGAUAUCAGCACAGCAGAUGGACACACAAGCAGGAAUAUCUCAGAAGGAUAUCUAAUGUUAUCCCCGGAUUGUGACAUAAAAGAUAAAGACAGUAGACCGGAUACUCCAGGAGCUAACCCCAUUACCCCAAUUAUACAUCCAGCUCUAUCAGCUGAUCCCCCUGAUCCUGGGAAAUGUUCUCCUGAUCACUCUGAUAUUGGUGCAUCUGUUACAGCUCUGACAGUAGAUACAGUGUUUCCCUGUUCUAUAGAUGGCAAAUGUUUUACACAGAACACAAAGCUUAUUAACCCACACACAGGUAAAGUGGGUGAAAGGCCACUAAUAUGUUCUGAGUGUGGGAAAUGUUUUACAUACAAAUCGCAUCUCGUUAGACAUAACAGACAUCACACAGGUGAGAGGCCAUUUCCAUGUUCUGAGUGUGGGAAAUGUUUUGCUCACACAUCAGAUCUUGUUACACAUCAGAGAUAUCACACAGGUGAGAAGCCAUUUCCAUGUUCUGAGUGUGGGAAAUGUUUUGCACACACAUCAGAUCUUGUUAGACAUAACAGAAGUCACACAGGUGAGAGGCCAUUUUCUUGCUCUGAGUGUGCGAAAUGUUUUAUACAGAAAUCACAUCUUGUUAUACAUCACAGAAGUCACACAGGUGAGAAGCCAUUUCCAUGUUAUGAGUGUGGGAAAUGUUUUAUAUACAAAUCACAUCUUGUUAUACAUCAGAAAAUUCAUACAGGUGAGAAACCAUUUCCAUGUUCUGAGUGUGGGAAAGGUUUUACAAACAAAUCGCAUCUUGUUAGACAUCAGAGAAGUCAUACAGGUGAGAAGCCAUUUCCAUGUUCUGAGUGUGGGAAAUGUUUUGCAUUGAAAUCAAAUCUUGUUACACAUCACAGAAGUCACACAGGUGAGAAGCCAUUUUCUUGCUCUGAGUGUGGGAAAAGUUUUACCUGGAAAUCCCACCUUGUUAUACAUCAGAGAAGUCACACAGGUGAGAAGCCAUUUCCAUGUUCUGAGUGUGGAAAAUGUUUUGCACACAAAUCAGGUCUUGUUAUACAUCACAGAAGUCACACAGGUGAGGAGCCAUAUCCAUGUUCUGAGUGUGGGAAAUGUUUUACCUGCAAAUCACAACUUGUUACACAUCAGCGAAGUCACACAGGUGAGAAGCCAUUUUCUUGCUCUGAGUGUGGUAAAUGUUGUGUAAGUAAAUCACAUCUUGUUAUACAUAACAGAAGUCACACAGGUGAGAAACCAUUUUCUUGUUCUGAGUGUGGGAAAUGUUUUACACGGAAAUCACAUCUUGUUACACAUCAGCAAAGUCACGCAGGUGAGAAGGCAUUUCCAUGUUCUGAGUGUGGGAAUUGUUUUGCAAACAAAUCAGAUCUUGUUAGACAUAACAGAAGUCACACAGGUGAGAAGCUGUUUUCCUGCUCUGAGUGUGGGAAAUGUUUUGUAAGUAAAUCACAUCUUGUUAUACAUCAGAGAAGUCACACAGGUGAGAAGCCAUUUUCUUGCUCUGAGUGUGGGAAAUGUUUUACACAAAAAUUAAAUCUUGUGAGACAUAACAAAAGUCACACAGGUGAAAAGCCAUUUCCAUGCUCUGAGUGUGGGAAAUGUUUUGCUCACAAAUUACAUCUUGUUAGACAUCAGAGAACUCACACAGGUGAGAAACCAUUUUCUUGCUCUGAGUGUAGAAAAUGUUUUACACGGAAAUCACAACUUGUUACACAUCAGCAAAGUCACACAGGUGAGAGUCCAUUUCCAAACUCUGAGAAAUAAAUAAGCUCUUGUUGCACACAAUAGACAUCACUCAGGUGAGGAACCAUUUUAAUCUUCUGGAGUAUACUUAUCAUUGCCAUGCGUUGUUCUUCAAGGUUCUUAUCCUAUCUCCUAUGCUUUUUGCAAUAUACAUGUUACCACUGGGUGAAAUAAUCAGAUGUCAUGCCCUCAUCUACCACUGCUCUGCAGAUGACCUGUGUUUUGCUCCAGGUACUGAGAACCCAGUACCAAUCCUAAAUGGUUGUCUAGCUGAGCUCCAGGUGUGGGUGAUGCCAGUUGGCUGUGACACAGUCUUGGUGAAACAGGUCCAUAUGGUAGAAGCUCACCGACAAAGGGCAGGGCUACAGCUCAGCUUUGUUACCAACCAGACAUACGCUUGUGGGUACAGAGUUACAAAAUGCUGAUCAUGUGCGAAAUCUUGGUGUCCUGGAUGGUGGAGUGACACUUAGACAUCACGUAUCAGCCACAAUCAGAUCCUCAUCUGAGGAACAUAGCCAAACUCCAGCACUUAUUUCCCUCAGAAUAUCUUCCUACAGUCAUACAUGCACUUGUAUCAUCACACAUAGACUACUGCAAUGUCCUCUACCUGGGUCACCCAGCAAAAUAAUUGCACCGCUUGUAGCUUGUACAGAAUGCAGCAACCAGGCUAUUACCUAACCAGCCCGUUCCUGCCACAUAACACCCAAUCUCUGCUCCCUUCACCGGCUGCCUGUAAGAUGGUGACUCUAUUACAUAAUCUUACUGACUCUCCCAGCCCUACAUGACCAGGGUCCAUGGUAACAGAAGCAGCUUCUACCUCCUUACUGCCCUGCUUGCUUACUUCCAUCUGGAGACAAAGGACUGUUACCAGCAGUACCAAGAAUCCCCAAGCAGUUCUGAGAUGUCAGAGGGGCAGAGAGGGUGGUGGCAGUAGUGCUGUAGCGGGGGCUGCCGGAGGCACUGUCUGUGAGUAAUAUUGUCCCCAAGCAGCGCUAAGGUGUCAGAGGGGAAGACAGGGCAGUGGCAGUAGUGGGGGAGGAUAAGGAGGGUGGCAGUAGUGACAGAGGACAAGGUGGGUGGCAGUUGUGGGGUGAGAUGUGGCAGUAGUGGGGGGGGGAGACAGGGUGGAUGGCUGCAGUGCAGUACCAGGGGCUGCUGGAGACAGUAACGAGGUGUAUGGGUCCCGCACAGAAUCAGUUGAUAAUUAGACUUAGUGAUGAUUAUACUUCCUUAUUUCUAAUUAAUCCCUUGUAUGUGUUAAUGUUAUUUGCUGUGUCAGCCUUUAUGUGUGUUCUGUGUAAUAAUCCUGAAAGUAGUGCUGCUACCGAUCUCGUAUCAUUUGUAGUAACUUUGAAAAUAUGAGAUAUGAGGUGCACUCUGGAAGCUUACAGGGGGUUAAUCAGAGAUGAUCGCAGAUGUGACAUCAUGCAGCCCCUGGAAAAUGGUCCUGGCCCGCCCACGUUCACCCUUCAGGGAUGCGGCCACAAUGUGUGUGUCUGUGCGGCCACUGCGCACGUGCAUUUUGUCACCACCAGUAAACUGCUGCGGGCCGCUAUUGCGGUUGGGCCUGAAUGACCCCCAUAGGGUUUUGGCUCUCCUGAUAUCUAUCUGUUAUACUUACCUGCAAUGCUAUAAUGUAACUUGAAUUGUUUCUGUGCUUUAAGGAUAUUUUAUCCAUGUUGUGCAGAGUAAAGUAUUUUUUAAAUUUAAAAUAUAGAGAAAAAUCUGUGUAUUAAAGAUAUGAAAUAAAGUUGUUUAAAAACAAAA